GUUUGAUGUCCAAUAUAUAUGAUGCGAUUCAACGGCCACUAAAAGAAAUCUACGAACUUUCCCGUAGUAUUUAUAUCCCACGCGGAAUUUCCACACCCUCAUUAGACAAAAAGUUGUCUUGGGACUUUGAACCUUCUAACUUUAAG